AUGAGUAGUGCGUGGGGCGACGGCUCGCGAAAUGUGGCCGCGGACGAGUGCAGCACGUUGCGGCAGUGUUCGUUUUCGUCGUAUUUACGCCAGGUGGCAGUCCCCCAGCAAGUUUCGAGUCUCCACACACACCAUCGAACGAAAUCGAGUCCUGAUCCGCUGAAUAUGCAGAACCUUUCUCCCUCUGAAGCCUCCAAACGCCUCAUAGCAUCUGAAUCGAUGUCGGACCUCUCCUAUGGAUCGAAACGCACGCGGAGUUCCGGAGGUUUUGACAUGGACUCUCCCCGAGUAACACCACCCGGCACUCCGCCUCCUCCAUAUGGAGGAAGCAGCACCACCCUUCCCUCGGACAGCGGAGACACCCUUACUGAGGAAGAAGGGGGUGUUCAUGACCUGGAUGAUCAUGGGAAACGUGACACACCAACAUCAGAGGUCUCUCCAAUUCGGACAUCUCUUCCACAGUAUGCGAGUACAACAAUAUUGCAACAGCACCCAAUCAUCUCAAUGGAGGAAGAUGAUAUGUCUGAUCAGGAAGUUAGUCAGUUAGAAGACCAUGGGCCUUUCAAAAGUCUUUCAAAGUUGUGGGAGCAUACCGCCCAUUUAGCUGUUUUUAUGAAUUAUGUUAUCUGUAACAACGACACAUCUAGUCUUCUUUUUUAUCUGGUGACAGAUUUGUACAAAGAAGGCAAUGCGAAGGAAAUGAAGAAGUGGGCUUAUGAAAUACACUCUAGCUUUUUAGUACCUGGAGCUCCUCUGAGGCUCAACAAUGUUGACGAAAAUGUAGCUAGAGAAAUAGACGAUGUUUUGCUCAAUGAAUCGGAUAAGGAGGAAAUACUUCGAAAGAUUUUCUGGAAGGCGCGGGUAAAAGCGAAAGAAGAACUGAAUGAGCAGUUGGCUGAUUUUCAACAGAAGAGAACAGCUGGACUGGGCACUUUAUUUGGUCCUCCUGACACAGAACUAGAUAUGAGUAUACAUGAUAAAAACGUAGAAAUUAAAAUAGUUGAGAAAGUUCUUCUGCCAAACCUUGAACAUUACAAGGAGGUGAUAGAGCGAGACAACACAGACAUUCGCCGCUUCACUGCAGCCGCAGCCCUUGUAACAGUACUGAGUAAAGUGUUUGGCCUGCGAGCACCGCAUUCCAACUCCUUGCUAGACCGUUGCCCCACGUUUGUGUCCAAAGACAAGUCACUCAAGUCAAGACUGAUUGGGAAGUCUAGAAAGAUCAAUGUUCGUGGGCACCAUUUUGUUGCACAUCAGUAUUUUUCUGUGACUUAUUACUGUUCAUUGAACAUUCACCGACACUGUGUGCGAAUAGUUGAAGAAAAUUGCCCAGGCCCUUUAGUGAAAAAGGAACGAGGCAAUGACCGCAUUUCGAAACUAAUGGAGAAGAUCCGGCCAGAAAGAGAACCAAGACGGAAGCCUAGUAACCACAACUUCUCUCAGAUUGAACGAAUGCGGAAACAAACUGAAGAAGACUCCGGGGGACUGACUGACGGAGAAGGCGGAACAGGCGACCGUCCUGCGUCUGGCGGGCGUGCGGAGCGGAGGCCCGACCCGCUGCGCGAGGAGGAGCGCGGCGGCGUGGGCGGCGGCGGGAGCGGCGGCGGCGGCGCGGGGCGGGGGGCCGGCCGGGGGCGGAGGCCAAGCCUGACGGCUCGCGCGCCGCCCCCGACGACGACGCCCACGACCCGCAGCACGCGCACCACCACCACGACCUGCCGCACCACCACCCACCGACGAAGCCGUCGGCGGCCUCCAUCAACCGCUCCGAGAGCUACAAGGAGCGCAGCUACAAGGAGCGAGUCCAGAAGCGACCUCUGCGAGAAAGGCGGAAAACGAAUAACAAAGCUUUGUACCUGGUAAACACCUCCCACAAUGGCGCCCAGAUAUACGAUCUGGUGGCAACGUCAAGAGCAGACAGUAAAAUGUGAGUACUAAAUAUCU